UUGGAGACGCUCCACCUGGGUGUGCUAAAAAACAAACAGCGCGCCUCCCGCCUGGAGGCCCCGCCCCUCUGCGCUCGGUUUGCGCCAUUACGUCGCUAUGCUGAUUGCUGCUGUGCUGCAAGGCAGGCAGGCAGGCAGAGCAGCUGCAGAGAGACCAGGCGAAGCUGACAACAACGGAGGAGGCUCGCGCGCUAGGAAAAGUCAAAAAACGCAACACAUUUCUUAUUUUGUGAUUUUCACGCGUAACCGUCACGCCGAGAAGGUCCUCCUGUAUUUUUACGCAUGCUUGGGAAUAUAUUUUUCGUUCUGUUGACUUGAAAUGACUGCCCGUCGCCGCGUCUAGCCAAUGCUUACUGCGGGGGCUCCUGUCUUGUGGAUUAUCCGUCGUCGCCGAGCCAGUCGCAUGGUCGAGCCCGGAGGAGGCCCCGCUCCGCUGGAUGGACUUGUCUGAGCACGGCGCUGGACUCCGAGUACUGAUGAGGACGGUGGUGAUGCUCGGGUUUCAUCGGCAGCGGGUGAACUGAUCUUGGAUGUUCGGGCUACAUCGGCCCUACACAAAACAUUUCCUCAUACGGCAACAUUUAUAUUCAUUAAAAACUGGACGCCUCUGGAGCAGUUUAUGACGACCCUGGUAGGAGCGUGAUGAGCGCGCGCUUCCACUUGCCUGCUGGCAGAUCCUACAAUGUCCGGGCGACGGAGCUGGAGCGAGACAGGCAGCACACACAGGUCGUGUGCAACAUACUGCUGCUGGACAACACCGUCCAGGCGUUCAAAGUCUGCAAGUCAGAUCAUGGCCAGGUGUUGCUGGAUGCUGUCUUUAAGCACCUGGAGCUGACUGAGAGAGACUACUUUGGCCUGCACUUGGCCGAUGACUCCUUAGAUUCGCCGCGCUGGCUCGAUCCCAGCAAGCCCGUCAGGAAACAGUUGAAAAGAGGAUCUCCCUAUAGCUUGAGCUUCAGAGUCAAAUUCUUUGUGACAGACCCCAGUAAACUUCAGGAGGAAUACACACGGUACCAAUAUUAUCUUCAGAUCAAGCAGGAUAUAGUCACUGGCAGGUUGCCCUGUCCACACAACACCGCCGCACUGCUGGCGUCCUACUCCGUUCAAUCUGAGCUGGGGGACUACAGUGAAACGGAGCAUACGGCGGGCUACCUGUCGGAAUUCUGCUUCAUGCCCAACCCUCCGCAAGACUUCCACAAAGAGGUCGCCAAACACCACCAGCAGCACAGCGGUCUGUCUCCUGCCCAGUCAGAGUUUAAUUAUCUGAACACAGCACGCACGCUGGAGCUCUACGGGAUAGAGCUGCACUAUGCAAGGGACCAGAGCAACACAGAGAUUCUUCUCGGGGUGAUGUCCGCCGGCAUUGUGAUUUACAAGAACAGGGUACGGAUCAACUAUUUCCCAUGGUUGAAAAUAGUAAAAAUAUCCUUCAAGUGCAAACAAUUUUUCGUCCAGCUAAGAAGAGAGGCGACGGAGACCCGGGAAACGCUGCUGGGCUUCAACAUGGUGAACUAUCGGGCCUGUAAAAACUUGUGGAAGGCCUGUGUGGAGCACCACACCUUCUUCAGGCUGGAUCGGCCCAUCCCACCACAGAAGAACUUCUUCGCUCACUACUUCACCCUGGGCUCGAAGUUCAGAUACUGCGGGCGGACAGAGGUGCAGUCUGUGCAGUACGGAAAGGAGAAAGGCAUCAAGGACCGGGUAUUUGCCAGAUCGCCCAGCAAGCCGUUGGUCAGGAAGCUGUUGGGCGGAACUGACUGGGAAUCAGUCAGCAGGAACAGCCUAUCAGAUGAGAGACUGGAGACCCAGAGCCUGCCCACUCGCUCGCCACCCGGGACGCCCAAUCAGAGCUCACUGUUUGUGCAGGAGGGCACACGACUACGCCCUUCGUCCGUUGGCCACCUGGUCGAUCAUGUGAUCCACGCUUCGCCCAGCUUGCCUGUCUUCUCCUCCAAUCACAGGUCAGCGUCGUCCACGCAGGCCAACAGCAUCAGCUUAGACUCCACACCGUCUCCAGAGGUGCUCGAUGGCCUGCCUCCUGCUCUGCCCCCCAAGCAGCUGAGCAGGAAGACCUUGAGCCAGAUCAUCCAGGCCCACUCCCAGCAGAGCCUCCUGGACAACCACCUAAAUGAGAUGUACGACGUUCCCGUCAACGCAGAUAAGACCAUGGUAAAUGGAGUUGUUCCUCAUGAUAAUCUGGUCCUGAUUAGGAUGAUACCUGACGAACAUGGACGCUUUGGCUUCAAUGUCAAGGGGGGAGCUGACCAGAAGAUGCCCAUCAUUGUGUCUCGAGUGGCUCCUGGAACAUCAGCCGACCUGUGUGUGCCUCGCCUUAACGAGGGGGACCAGGUGGUCUUAAUUAAUGGGCGGGACAUCUCUGACCACACCCAUGACCAGGUGGUCAUGUUCAUCAAAGCCAGCUGUGAGAGCCAUUCUGGAGAUCUGAUCCUAUUGGUCAGACCAAAUGCCAUCUAUGACGUGGUGGAGGAGAAGGUGGACUCGGAGCCAGAUUUUCAGUAUAUCCCCGAGAAGUCCCCUCAGGACCCCGCCCAGCUAGACCAGCAUGCUUUGAGGGACUCCAUGGUCAUUCUGAAGGAAGGCCUGAGCAGCGGAGCCAUCCUCGCUCAGUUCGAUCAACUGUACAGGAAGAGGCCUGGGAUGACCAUGCUGUGUGCCAAAUUACCUCAGAACAUUUCCAAAAAUCGCUACAGAGACAUCUCUCCUUAUGAUGCCACGCGGGUCAUUCUGAAAAGCACAGAUGACUACAUCAAUGCAAAUUACAUCAAUAUGGAGAUUCCAGCCUCGAGUCUUAUAAACCGCUACAUAGCAUGCCAGGGCCCCCUGCCCAACACCUGCCCCGACUUCUGGCAAAUGACUUGGGAGCAGGGCUCAUCUAUGGUGGUGAUGCUGACUACGCAGGUCGAGAGAGGACGGGUGAAGUGUCAUCAGUACUGGCCCAAUCCAGACCGCAGCGCCACCUACGGAGACUUUUCAGUAACGUGCCACAAUGAAGAAGGCAACACUGCCUUCCUGGUCCGGGAGAUGACUCUUACACACACGCAGAGUGAGCAGCAGAGAGAGCUCACCCAGAUUCAGUACCUGGCUUGGCCGGACCACGGCGUACCGGAUGACUCCACUGAUUUCCUGGACUUCGUGUCUCUGGUACGGACCAAACGCGCCGGACAGGACCAGCCGAUGGUGGUACACUGCAGUGCGGGGAUUGGUCGGACGGGGGUUCUGAUCACCAUGGAGACGGCGUUGUGUCUCAUGGAGUGUGGUCAGCCAGUGUAUCCUCUAGAUAUCGUCAGGACCAUGAGAGACCAGAGGGCCAUGAUGAUACAAACACCUAGCCAGUACCGAUUUGUGUGCGAGGCCAUCCUGAAGGUCUUCGAGGAGGGCCUGGUCAAACCGUUCAUGACCAUCGUCUACCAGCUGAGAGAAAAUGUGGAGGAGGAGAGGGAGGAGCAGCAAAUGGCAGGAGAAGGAGCCGAGACGGCAGCGGUGGACGAGGGGGAGGCGGCCGUGGUGGAGAUGCUGGAAGGAGAUCUGGAUGAAGAGGAUGAUGAUGAUGACGACGAAGAGGUGGAGGUGCUGGAUGUGGGGGAAGUGACAGAAGAGGGGGAGGAGGAUGAAUAUGAGGAGGAAGUGGAGGAUCCGAGCCUUGCAAGCGUUGCGAGCAUCACAAGUGCUGCAAGCGCCAUCAGCGAGACCAGCGAGAACCCCGAACCUGAACCUGAACCUGACCCUGACCCUGAACCCGUGACUUUUGAACUUUGGUAGUCGUGUGGAUUGUCAGGAGGAGGCCAGGUGGGCCGGAGGAGAGAACAAGAGCACUGUUGCACUUUAUGCUGACAAAAGCGGAAACAAAAGACACACAAACGAACAUACGUGACAGUCAUGGACAAGCUAGAAUAAAAAAAGAAACCCAGCUGUGUUGAAUAGGUACCAUUAGUGGAUAUUGUAUGUUCAGGGCAAAGAAAAAAGUCAUGAAAAGUGAAUGGAAAGAAUGAAAAGUUAAACGUACAAGAGAAUAAAAUGUGGAUGGGGAAUUGCUCUAGUGCCAUAAGUAGGAAGGGGAAGGGCCGCCCACACGGUGGAAAGUUGUUUUAUUUCCACGAGGGGUCGCCCUGUCCCCUUCUGAGCGAGUCUGCCAGACGGACCUGCCCUUUUUUUAGCGUCCUUUUAGCUGAUAAAGAGAUAUACCUUAUCUUUUGUUCCUCAGAAAGAGUAUUUAUUGUGUUUUUAGUUUGUGUCAAACCCUGUCCACUGAACAAAAAAAAGCGUGUCUGUUUGUAUGAAUCUAGAGCUUCAUGCUUUCCUGAUUAAAUCUUAGGUCGUGUAAAGUAGUGCGAUUCCUCUUCUAACUACUACUUUAUUUCUUUUGCUUUUUCGUGGAGAAAAAAAAAGAACUGAUUUAAUUUAUUGUACUCGUUUAGUUUUUUUUUUAUCCCUCAGCUUUCCGGUCUACGUUUCUGACAGCACAGACUGACAGACGGACAGCUGAAAGCACUUUGUGUCUCGCCGCUUGUUCGACGCCGUGUUCCUGAUCCUGCUUUGUGCCGUGUUCUCGAGCUCUACCGACACGGCUCCGGUGUUUGCUGGGCUUCCCUCUUUCACAUCAAAUCAGACCUCCCUGUGAAAGACGUAAUGAUGGCAAGGGUCUAACUUUCAGCAUUGGAGCGACGAUACAGAACAAAUUCUCCUCACACCGUGUAACGGUGUCACAAGGCGAGGACCCAGUAGACACACGGAGUUAGGAUCUAGCUAAGAAACAAGGCCGAGGUCAGUUCAUUUCACACGUUCAAAUCAAACCCCAGGUCCCUGCUGAAGUGUCCUUGAGCCCGACACCGACAACAAAUCCUCAUUGUGUGUGAAGCGCUGUGGCUUCACUCCGACUGAUAUCGAUCAAUUAAUGACACAAGUAUCGUGAGUUAGUUCUUAAAAAGCUACUCUCAGUAUUUGCUUUUUCGAAUUGCUUUGACAGUGAACCGGUCUCAACCCGAGUGACUUUAAAAGCUUCUCCAUUGACCUCAUUUUCUAUACAUAAUCAUUUUGAUAUCUUAAACAGAAGCCGCCAUGGAUCUCUCCUCAUUUGCAGUGGAGACUGGUGUGAGCCGUCGUAAGACUCCACUCGGUCAGACUGGUUAUUUGGGAAUGUCCUCAUUGAGUCCUUGUUUUUGACUGUUUCAGUGAGGUCCAGAGGUCACGAGAGCGGGCCUUUAAUCCAACCUUUGGUGUUCGGUUUUUAGUUUUUCCUCAAUCUGUCCGACGGUUCAAAGAAGCAGCACAAACCGAACACUCAACCGAUACUUUCUUUUCGUGAUCUCUCCCAAUGGUACUUUCUUUUAAGGCACAUGUCUGGUUUUUUUUUCUUCCUCAAGCCAAGAUAAUGAUGUGUUGACAAGAGAGUGUUAAUGAGACUAAGUGACGACCUGUAUUUUUAAUUCACAAAACCCAGCAUCAAGUUGCCCGUUGAGUCUUCUUUGUUUGUGUCAAAGUGCAGGUUAAGCUGCCAUCGUACUCUACAUAGUGGUAUGGAAUGAAGUAUAGCCUCUUCAUAAUUUUAGAUAUUUUUCCUAUCGGCUGCUUCCGUACCUGCUGGUAAAGGAAAAACAACAAAAACCUACUGCUGUGAGUGUGUGUGUGUGUGUGUGCGUGUGUGUGUGUACUCGGAUAUCUGUCUUUAUCUUUCUCUGUACCUCUCCCUCCUCCGUUUCUAGCGUAUCGUUUGUUCGCUGUCUGGUCUAAGCCUGCUUGUCUGUCAACUGGAACGAAGGGUUGUGCCAUAAAGCCACAAACCUAAUCUAA